UUUUGUCUAUUGUCGCUGCAUAUAUAAAUUUCCUUUUUUCCAAAGAUCGUCGUUUUGCAGCGGCUGCUUCUCCAUUGCAGGUAAAAAAAUGACAACUCCAGCGGUGAAGACCGGUUUGUUCGUUGGAUUGAACAAAGGCCACGUCGUCACCAGACGCGAGCUAGCUCCUCGUCCCAAUUCUCGCAAAGGGAAAACGAGCAAGAGGACCAUAUUCAUCAGAAACGUGAUCAAGGAAGUAGCUGGAUUGGCUCCUUAUGAGAAGAGAAUCACUGAGCUUCUCAAGGUUGGGAAAGACAAGCGUGCUCUUAAGGUUGCUAAGAGGAAGUUGGGUACUCACAAGAGAGCUAAAAGGAAGAGAGAGGAGAUGUCUGGUGUUCUCCGCAAGAUCAGGUCUGGUGGUGGUGGUGCUGCUGAGAAGAAGAAGUAAACAUCUUAUUAGGCUUGUGUGUUAUGGGAUAUUUGUUUCUUUUGGAACUCAAAUUUUGGCUUCUGUAUGCCCAACAAGCUUCUAUGUGUUGUGUUUGGUUAGGGAUGUGGAUUAAUCUUGUUUUGACGAAGCUUAAACUCAUUACUUUUUUUGCCAA